CUCAUCCGUGUCCCUGCUGCGGGACGACUGUUGCUGUCGCUGUCGCUGUCGCUGUUGGCGCGCGCAAACCGCGCGAACGCGCGCCGAAUGUGGAAACACGCAUGCAAAAAUUAAUUACCGUAAUCUGUACAGAAGGAGAAUAAGAGAGGAGAAGAACGAGUAUGACCACGACUGCGAGGAUAUAGUCUGUGAAGAAGAAAAGAAGGAGAAAGGAGGAAGGAGAAAAGGAGGAAGUACAGAAACGGGCAGCAGAAAUGGGCACAAUUAAGUGAACUCCGAGUGGGAAGAGGAAAGAGGAAGAGGAGGAGGGGGUAUUUAUUGUAUUCCCAAAGAAGCGAAAACGAGGGAGAACGAGGAGAGGAGAGUGGCGACGUUGAAGGAGGGUGCAGGCGGAGGAGGAGGAAGGCAAUUUAACUGAAGAAGGAAAUGCCCCGGAUAGGGAGGAUGAAUUGAAAAGAAAAGAAAAAAAACAAGGGACGAGAAAAGACAAAGGAAGACGAGCUGUAGAAGGGAGGAGGAGGAGGAGGAGGAGGAGGAGGAGGAAUGAAGAGGGAUGGGAGAGAGAGCACACAGAUAAGUGUGGCUUCGCUCGAGUGAAAAGAGGGAAGUUCUGACAGCUGAAAGAAUUCUGGCAAUUGGAGGAGGAGCAUUGGCACUUGGGGUGGUAGUAGGGGGCAGUUGUGAGAGAGGGAAGGAAGAGAGGGAGAAAGAAGACAGGUGGAUAUGGCAGCGAGUCUGAUUAGCAACAGCGCUCAUGGCGGGGUGUUGUGUCUGGCCCGUCGUGCGGCAUCUCCUUGUGACCAUUCCCAUCACCCUCGUGGGGCUGUGACUGGUUCGUCCUUGUCACCUCCUUCUCCUCCUCCCUCUCUUUCUCCUCCUCCUCCUUCCUCUCCUGCUGUUUCGCGCGGAAGAAGAAGAAGAACAACAACAUCAACAACAAGAGCUGCUGCUUCUGGUUAUCGUCGUGAUGACAUCAACAAUUAUCUUUGGACCACGUGGUGCAAACGGGAAAUGAGAUCAUGGAGUUCUGCUGAUGGUGGUGCUGACGUGGCAGGACUGGAUCGAGCAGGAGCGUGCACGUGGCUGACAGGUGGCACAUUGCGGAGGCUGAAGCAAAGGGGUCAGUGGCUAUUGGCGCUCGAGGACUCCUCGUCCUCCUGUGCGGUGCCCUCUUUGGGUUCUUCCUCCUCAUCUUCCUCGUCCUCGUCCUCGUCCUCGUCCUCCUUUGCUUGUAGAAGAUCGACGCGUUGCUCUACUACCGCUGCCGUCCAAGGUGUGGUUUGGGGUCUGGCUCGUCGGUCGGAAUUGCAUCGCCUCGCUUCGCCGACGGCCACUGUGGAUCGACAGAAGAUGGGGGCGACCACCCGCGAAAGCAGUGUAAUGGCACCCACAGAGGAGGAGGAGCAGCGGGAGAAAACUGGUGCCUCUACUCUGACCGUCCACUGUGGAAAACCAUCUCCUUUAGGCGUCUCUCUCUCCAAGGAUGUAAGAGGAGGGGGGAGUGUAGUAGAAAGUCAACGUGUCAAUUUUGCACUGUUCUCAGAGCAUGCUUCCAGUGUCACUCUCUGUCUAUGGCUUGAAGGUCGGGGGAAAUAUGAUCAGCCAUCGCUGGAGCUUUCGCUCGAUAGGGAGAAGAAUCGAACCGGCAACGUUUGGCAUGUUGCUGUGGAGGGUCUGCCAUUGCAAGGGGUUUUGUAUGGGUACAAAGUUGAUGGGCCAGGGGGGUGGGAGACUGGUCUAAGGUGGGAAAAGUCGAAAGUGCUGCUUGAUCCGUAUGCGAAGCUGGUGGAAGGACGGCGUGUCUUCGGCGAUCAGUCUGAAAAAAUGGCGCCUUUCCUUGGCACCUACGACCUGGCUAGUGAGCCCUUCGACUGGGGCGAGGAGGGCUCUGAAGCUGGGGGUGACCAGCGGGCUCGCAUUCCGGACAAGGACAUUGUGAUUUAUGAGAUGAACGUUCGAGCUUUCACUGCGGACCCUUCCAGUGGGUUGGAAGAUGGCGUACGUGGCAGCUAUCGAGGCGUGAUCGAGAAGAUCCCGCACUUGGUGGACCUCGGCGUGAACUGCGUGGAGCUGUUGCCGGUCAUGGAAUUUGACGAGAUGGAGUUCCAGAGGCGCAGGAACCCCCGGGAGCAUAUGGUGAACACGUGGGGCUACUCGACAGUCAAUUUUUUUGCGCCGAUGACGAGGUAUGCGAGUUGUGGCGGCGGGCCCGUCGUCGCCGCGAAGGAGUUCAAGGAGAUGGUCAAGGCUCUUCAUGCUGCAGGAAUCGAAGUCAUCCUUGACGUCGUGUACAACCACACCAACGAGGCCGAUGACCAGUUUCCCUACACGACCUCCUUCCGGGGCAUUGACAACCUUGUCUACUACUCGGUUGAUGUCAACAACUAUGUGCAGUUGAUAAACCUUACCGGCUGCGGCAAUACCGUCAAUUGCAACCAUCCGGUUGCCAUGCAGCUCAUCUUGGAUAGCCUGAGGUAUUGGGUGCAGGAGUACCACGUGGACGGGUUUCGGUUUGACCUUGCGACGAUUUUCUGCCGCGAUUCGAAAGGCAAUCUGCUGAGCUCUCCUCCAGUUGUCCGGGCCAUUGCGAAGGACCCUGUGCUGUCGAAGUGCAAGCUAAUUGCGGAGCCUUGGGACUUGGGGGCGUACCAAGUUGGGAGUUUUCCCAAUUGGGACAGAUGGGGGGAGUGGAAUGGCAAGUACCGGGACGACGUUCGCAGGUUCAUCAAGGGCGACGGAGGGAUGAAAUGCGCGGUCGCAACGCGUAUUGCGGGCUCUGCGGACCUGUAUAACGUCAACCAGAGGAAGCCUUAUCAUAGCAUCAACUACGCAGUUUGCCACGACGGUUUCACGCUCCAUGAUGUUGUCGCGUACAACACGAAACAUAACCACGCUAAUGGUGAAGGCGGGCGAGAUGGGCAAGACGACAACUUCAGUUGGAACUGUGGGGUUGAGGGUCCCACCAGUGAUCAAGGUGUGCUUGCAUUAAGAGCGCGGCAGAUGAAGAAUUUCCUUGUUAUCCUUUUCAUGUCGCAAGGAACUCCGAUGAUUCUCAUGGGCGACGAGUACAUGCACACGCGCUUUGGCAACAACAACAGCUACGGUCAUGAUACGAAAAUGAACCACUUCUUGUGGGAUGAAUUGGAGAAGCAGAAGCAGGUAGUAGGAGGGGGAGGGAGCAGCAUGUUGAAUUUCACGCGGGAGAUGUUGCGGUUCCGCCGAAGCCAUCCGUUACUUGGUCGCGACAACUUCUUGACCAGUGCCGACAUAGCGUGGCACGAGAACAACUGGCACGACACGGAAAGCAGGUUCCUUGCUUUCACGCUACACGAGGGAAAGCAUGGCCAAAGAGCAGGCGAUAUAUACGUGGCCUUCAAUGCACACAACUUCUUUGUCAAUGCGCCCCUCCCGAGACCGCCAGCAGGAAAGAGAUGGUGCAGGGUGGUGGAUACCAACCUGGGCCCCGGCGAAGAUGCGAAGCUGGAAGGUGCUCCUGCAGUCUCAGACAAGUACAAUCUCGCACCCUAUUCGUCAAUCGUCCUCCUGGCGAAGCCAGUAUAAGCUUGUACCGCAGCCUAAGCGAUGCCAGGCGGAGAUCCAGAGUCAUUCAACAGCAACUCUCGUCAGAAUGGAACAGGCCAGUUGGCAUCCUGUGAGGCCAAAUAGGUUAAAAAGGCCCAGGGCAGGGGCAGCUGUCUGGUAAGCUGUGUUGGCAGUUGGAGCUUAACGUUGUGAACGUAGUCUAGAUGUCGACUCCCUCCUUCCCUCCAUCUGUCUCUCUGUAUGUCUAUGCAACCGGCUCGUGCAAGCUAGCAUGCCAGGUUUGAUCAGAUGGCCUUAGUGUCAUUGGGCCUGGUUUGGUACUGGUCCAUUGGUAGUCCUUGUUCCACUAUACUGGUCCAUUGCUAGCCCUGGUUCCGCUGUACUGGUCCAUUGCUAGCCCUGGUUCAACUGUACUGGUGCCUUUACUAGCCCUGGUUCCACUUCUUCCUGGGGUAGGAGUGAUGUGACCUUGUAGCAAGGAUCCCGUUAGAAGUGAUUGGUGGGUGGUUACUUGAGAGGGAAAGAACCAGCUCACUUGUAGAGGAGUCCUGGUGCAGCAGAAGAGCACUAAGGGUGUCAGUGCUGUCAUUUCUGCUUGAUCGUCAGCCCGUUCAUGGAGCCAGGGUCACACCGACUACUUCACCACCUUCACGUACCCCAAGUCUCCUACCCCAUUCAUGUCGUUGGGAGAAUGGCGUUGUCACGAGUAGGUUGCAUCGUUGCAAUUAGUUGAGAAAAGGGGUAGCUGAGGUUGGCCAGUGUUGGCAGUGGGGUAGAAGGUGGGUAUAUGUGAGGGGGGAGGGUGAAGCAGUCAUUUGUGGCUGUGGUAGUGGUAGCGGGGUAGAAGGGGUGUGUGUAUGUAUGAGGGCGGUGAAGUAGUUGUUGCGGCACUGAUGGAAGUUGCAGGCUACAAGGUGUGUGUACGUGCAGCGGGGGGUUAGUUGGGGGGGGGGGGGGGGGGGGGUGGGGGGGGGGGGGGGGGGGGGGGGGGGGGGGGGGGGGGGGGAGGAGAUGGGGAACGGGGGGGGAAGUAACCGUGGCUCUCAGUGAGGGGAUGGGGGACAUGUUCCCUUGUUGGGGGACAUGUUCCCUUGUUGAAGUAACCGUUAUCUGAAUUCCCUUGUUGAGGGACAUGUUCCCACCGCCCAUCAUGAGGGGGAGGGGAGGGGAUGGGGGAGGGGGGGGAAAGUAACCGUGGAUCUCAAUGUGCUGGAGUGAGUUUGUUUGGGGUGUGGUUGAGUAGAUGGGCUGUUAAGCUGGGAGGAAUGAGGGACUGUGUUUCGUAGAGAGCGGGGUUGGUUGUCCAUAUGAGGCGGUGUUGGCUUGUUGAGGGACAUGUUCCAACCGCCCAUCGUGGAGCUGACUUAUGAAGCAGAGGAUGUGGCUUUGAGUAGUAUGUGUACAUUCAUGGUGUGUCUGUCUGUAGUUUCCUUGUAGCUGCAAAAUCCAUGAUACAUUUUUAAGUUGAAAUUUCACCAAUUUGUCGAAACUGUGCAAUUCAACUUAACUUCAACUUCAAGCUUUUGAUCUGUCACAAUUUAUGUUGAUGUCAUUCAUUUCUUUCUGUACAGAAGAACUGCUUGAGCUGUCAGCAUCCAUGUCAGUUGGACUUAUGGCAGAGCGAUGAGGGGUUCCAGUCUCCCGAGUGUUUGGUUGGUUUGGGUGUUGUUGGAGAGAGGGCGCACUGUUCUUCUCACGCAGUCUGGGAACGGUGGUAAUUCUGUCUUCGGUCUGAACCUGGUCUGGGAGUGCGGGAAAGGUUGGGGAUAGCCUUUGUUGGAGCAUGGGAAAAAAUGGAAAUGGUAUUUGAGCCGUCACAACAAUGUGCAACGGAGUUGAACGAACAGCUUGCACAUAUUAUGGGCAGUAUGCUCAGGAAAGUGCUGGUGCUUUUUUUUUUUUAUUAUUAUUAUUUUUUAAAGUGUUUAGUAGUAGACUUGUGGGCAGGAGUCUCAGGACAGUGUUGGUGCUUUUUUUUUUUUUUUUUUGAGUGUUUGGUAGAGUUGAAUGUCUAUAGGAAAAGGCAAAAGAAAGGUUUCAGGGUGCGUCAUUGAUGCUAUCUGCUAUUUUUGUCGUCUGUUUCACAAUGUGCGCUUCCUCUAGUCGAUAGAUACGGGACAACAACCGGCCAGUGUGCCUAUCUCAGCAGCUGGUACAGCCAUGAACUGUUGAAAUACAGACCCGAGUUCGAACCCAGAUACAAUCAGAUAAACAAAAAAAGGAUCUGCGGAAAAUACGUGCUGAGAUUCCAUGGUGCUUGGCAGGACAAGUGUGCGGAAUUGAAAGUGUGGGGAAAGUCGAGGGUCGCGGAUGUGGAUGCUGCGGCGCAAGGUGCAAGGAAGGAGUGCACAUGGAUGCUGUUCAACGCGCUCUCGGAGUGCGCAUGGAUAAUGACGAUUUGGACGCGAAGGUUUGUCGUUUUGUUUGAGAGGCCGAUGCCCAUCUGCAGGAGAAGACGGAAAUGCGCAUUUGUUCUUACCGGACAGAAUCAGUCCGUUCUCCGUUCAGUGAAGAUUCAUUGUUCAUUCAAUGACUGUUACGCAAAGGUUUGUCGUUUUGUCGGACAGGCGGAUGGAUGCCCAUCUGCAGGAGAAGNAAGGUUUGUCGUUUUGUCGGACAGGCGGAUGGAUGCCCAUCUGCAGGAGAAGACAGAAAUGCGCAUUUGCUUUCACUGGACAGAAUCAGUCCGUUGUCCGUUCGGUGAAGAUUCAUUGUUCACUCAACAACUGUCACAAGGAUCACAAGGCGAUGUGGAGGUGAUUGCCACCGGAGCUUAUUUAAGAGGUCUUUGGCAGCAUCAGCCAGUGGGAUCGGAAACGUCCCGAGAGAAAGGGAGAAGAACAGGGUAUAAUAUCUUUCUUCAACUCGUGGGCAGCGGUCAAUCGGUCUGAGAGUUUAGCGAUCAGGCUACAAAGGGAAAAAGAGGAGGUUUACGAACAGUGAGACUGAACAGGGCUGAGGGUUUAGCGAUUGGUCUAAAGGAAAAGAGGAGGAUUACGGAGGGCGAGCGUCUGUGACACCGAUCAGGGUAUCUUCAACCUGUGCGCAGCUUUCAGUUGUUUGAUUGGAGAUGGUGGUAGGUAGUGGGAGAAGGAAGCCGCGCUGGAGUUGUAUAGAGAUUCCUAUCUGAUUUUGAUUUUGAUGAUAGAGUGUUGAGAAGGAGAAGUGGAGAGAGAGUAGGUGGAGACUCCGGAGAGAGAAUGUAUGGCUAGCUUUGGCGCCAACACUC